AUGAAGGUCAACAUCAGGUGGAACAAUGAGUCAUCGAUAGAGUACUCCUUGCUACAGGGUGUAAAGUUGCGAACACAACUCGAUGUCAUAUGUCAGAUGUUAAAGAUAGAUGACAGUCCAGACAAAUAUGCCCUGUUUGUCAAGGAUAUGAAAGUGUGUCUAACUGAUGAUUUAUUAAGUCUUAGCGAUACACAGAAUAGAUUGAUACAUGAUAAUCAAAGGAUUGAGCUGAUAUUGGCUCCAGAGUAUCAAGUGGACACUGUUGUCGAAGCAUUGAACCAUGAACCAACAAUCAAGAAAGGAUUAUUCGAUCUAAAGACACAUUUACAAGUAUAUCAACAAUCCAACUUUAUACCAGAGUUUAUAAAGAAGGAUGGUAUCAUAUUGCUACAGAGUAUAAUAAUGGAGACAAGUGGAAAUACAUUAUCAUUGGCUUUGUCAGCAUUUGAAUUGAUCAUACAUAGUGCAUUCUUCAAUAUCAACAUGUUCACCUCAGGUACAAUCCAAAAGAUUGUCUCACAACUCGAUCAUCAUUCAAUCAAUAUCAGUAAUCCAUCUUUAAAGAUUGCAAUCACACUCACAGGCUCAUCUGAUGGAUAUAAGAUGUUGGUUAAUACUAUUGCAGCGACGACAUCAUCUUUGGAAAUUAGCCAAGAGAGUAUAUAUGGAAGGAUAAUAGCCAAUCUAGGUAGUUCGGAUGUAAACACUCAAACAUAUUCAUUGUGGUUGAUAAACAAUCUGAUUGCCAACUCGGAAAGUAGUAGUGCCACAUUGGAUCAGAUGGAACAGCGCAAUCUGUCAACAUUGCUCAAGAAACAGCUGGCCUCGUCCGACACGAUGUUCAGGCGUCAGAUCUACCGACUACAGAAUCUGAAGCUACAGGAGUUUGUCAAGGACUGCUCCACACAGUACAGCAAGGACGAUCCGGCACACGAGAAGAUGUUGGAGACGCUGUGGAACUCGAUGUUCACCGACUCUGACUUCCAAAAGGUCGAUGAGAAUUGGAAGACCAUUGGAUUCCAGGGCAAAGAUCCUUCGACCGACUUUAGAGGAAUGGGCAUUGCCGGUCUGAAACAUCUCGUCUACUUCUCAACACAUCAUCUCGAGUCACUUCGAACAAUGACCUCACAUCAAUGCAUGUUACAAAGUUCCAACAAUGAUCGAUAUUAUCCAGUAGCAGCUUGUGGUAUCCACAUCACCAGCAUGUUAUUAGAGUUGAUCAAGCCACCUCACAGUUACAUGGACUCAAACACAAUUGACUUUAACAUAUUGCCAAUAUUGUUUGAUGGAAAGAACUCGAUUGGGGAGAUAUAUUGUAUUACUUUAGAGGUGUUUGCGAUGGUCUGGGAUGAGGGCGGUGCAAGGUAUAUGGACUUUUCAAGAGUGAUAAGCUACCUAAAGACUCAGAUUGCCGAGACAUUGUCCAAAGCAUCAUCACUCCAGGAGUUCAGAACCAACAACUUUGUAAUGAAGCGAUUGGUGGACUACAAGAGGAUAUUCGAAUCGAACAAAACAACCUCAACAUCGAUGAACCAAAGGGAGCGUGGCAAUCCAAGACAUUCAAAGUCAUUCCUCGACGACAAGAAGACAGCCGCACCAACAUCCAACGAUUACAUCACAGCAUCAUGUCGACAGGCCGACGAGUUAUUAUCCAAAUCAUACUCAUUGGAUGAUUGUCAUGAUAUAUUGGCAGAGUCACGGACAGCUGAUGGCAACAGUGCACUACAUGUGGCCAUCACCAACCUGUCCUAUGCCCUUGCCAGCCAAUUCCUUUCACAGCAGUCAAUGAACAAUCUACUCAACAGCAAUGGAAUGACACCACUCAAUCUGGCAUGCCAGUGCUCGACAUCAAAGAUGAUCGAUCUGAUACUGACGUGUCCCAGCGUCAAUGUCAACAUCCAGUCGACCAAUGGCGCGAUGCCUAUCCACAGCUUCAGCUCGCGCAAGUGGACAACAGACGACUUUAACAGGAUACUUCGUAAUCUGCUGGACAAGGGUGCGGACAUUGAUGGCCGGACGGGCGACACGAUGGACACGCCACUGCACAUUGCCAUCGCCAAGGACUUGGAGGAGAACAUCAAGAUGUUGUUGGCAUAUGGUGCCAAUCCAAAUGUGGUCAACAAGAAGGGUGAGACAGCCUUGCACAUUGCGAUUCAAAGGCGACAGAGGGAGACCAUUGAGCAUCUACUGCGGUAUGGUUCCGAUCAGAAUCAGUCCAACACAAUAUCGAAUGAGACCUGCGAGGAUAUGGCCGCGACAGACAGUGAAAUAUUGAGGAUACUACGAGCAUACAGAUCACCGGAUGAAGCAUACAGGAAGCCACCACCACCAUUGCCCAAGCGUCCAUCGUCUGGAUCACCAGCCGAUUCGUCGCGAUCUCUUUCACCGACUCCACCUGAGACCCCAUCGGUGGUCUCGCCCGGGAUCACCUCGCCACGAGUGACAUCACCAGGUGCCACAUCACCGAUCAAGGGAGGCGGUGGAGCCACUCCAAUCAGACACUCGAGCAGCACUACUGUGUUUGAAUCACCAACUUCGCCUCCAUCAGCACGUCCGGCCGCCACAUCAAGCCCACCCUCAUUCAACAUUGGUGGUGGAGGCGGAGGCGCAGGCACAAGUAGUAGUUAUGGCAGCAGUAGCAGUAGUAGUACCAAUAAUUUGAUGGGAUUCAUAAGUAGAGCAGGUCGAUCACAGAGUGGUGGUGUGUCCAAUCAUCAUAAUCAUAGUCAUAGCAGCAGCAACAGUAGUAGCAGUGGUGGCAGCAGUAAUAAUAUCAACAAUAUGAUGAGCAACAACACCAAACAACUUGUAGCGAUAGAUAUGUCCAAGAAGAAACUGACCGAGGCACUUGGCUUGGUCGAGCACCUGUACAGUAAUGUGAAUGAUUGCAAAGCACAGAAGGAGACCAUCAAGAGAAUAGUGGAGAACCUAAUGGAAUGCAAGAGUAAUCUGAAGAACAUUAAAUAA